GCUAGGCGGGGCGGCGGUAGCUAUGGCGGCGGUGGCUGAUGUGCAGCGGCUCCAGGCCCGUGUGGAGGAGCUGGAGCGCUGGGUGUACGGGCCGGGAGGGUCGCGCGGCUCGCGAAAGGUGGCUGAUGGCCUGGUCAAGGUGCAGGUGGCUUUGGGGAACAUCGCUAGUAAGAGGGAGAGGGUGAAGAUUCUGUACAAAAAGAUUGAAGACCUGAUCAAAUACCUGGAUCCUGAGUACAUUGACCGCAUUGCCAUACCCGAUGCCUCUAAGCUGCAGUUCAUCUUAGCAGAGGAACAGUUCAUCCUCUCCCAGGUCGCGCUCCUGGAGCAGGUGGAGGCUUUGGUGCCCAUGCUGGACAGCGCUCAUAUCAAAGCCGUUCCUGAGCAUGCCGCCCACCUGCAGCGCUUGGCCCAGAUCCACAUCCAGCAGCAGGACCAGUGUGUGGAGGUCACUGAGGAGUCCAAGGCUCUUCUGGAAGAAUACAACAAGACUACAAUGCUUCUCUCCAAGCAGUUCGUGCAGUGGGAUGAGCUACUUUGCCAGCUAGAGGCCGCCAAGCAAGUGAAGCCAGCAGAGGAGUGAUGGCUGCUCCCCAUCCCAGGGUGGACCAGAACAGCCAGGCUCCUGGGGCCUGUGCCAACCUGCCCUUGUAACAGGGCAGAGGCAGCUCUGUAUUUAUUAGAUUCAUGGCCUAGCUGUCUGCACUCAGGUGGGGCUCUGAGGUCAGAGGUCUGUCGACUUGAGAUUUGCUAUUUGCACCCCCUCCCCUCAUAAGUGUCCUAUUCCAGUGACAAUAAACUAUAGGAAUCAC